GGCGCAGAUCCCGCCGCGGGGCCAAGAAGUUGGGCGCCGCCUCGCGCCGCCUCCCCCAAGUCCCUGCCCCGCCGCGGAGCGUCACUUCCGCCACCCACCCCCUCCCCGGGGCUAGGGUUGGGGCGGGGAGUGCGGGGGAGGGAAAGGCCGCCCGAAGCCCGCGCACCCAAGCAGGGACUACAUUUCCCGUGGGGCCACGGCGGAGGCGGCGGCGGCGGCGGCGGCGGCGGCGGACGCGGACGCGAACGCGGCGACGUCCCCCGGAAGUGGAGCCCGGGACUUCCACUCGUGCGUGAGGCGAGCGGAGCCGGAGACAAGAGCAGAGGCCGAACUCGGGAUCUGACAAGAUGGCCGGGCUGCCCCGCAGGAUCAUCAAGGAAACCCAGCGUUUGCUGGCUGAACCAGUUCCUGGCAUUAAAGCAGAACCAGAUGAGAGCAACGCCCGUUAUUUCCAUGUGGUCAUUGCUGGCCCCCAGGAUUCCCCCUUUGAGGGAGGGACUUUUAAACUUGAACUAUUCCUUCCAGAAGAAUACCCAAUGGCAGCACCUAAAGUACGUUUCAUGACCAAAAUUUAUCAUCCUAAUGUAGACAAGUUGGGAAGAAUAUGUUUAGAUAUUUUGAAAGAUAAGUGGUCCCCAGCACUGCAGAUCCGCACAGUUCUGCUAUCAAUCCAGGCUUUGUUAAGUGCUCCUAAUCCAGAUGAUCCAUUAGCAAAUGAUGUAGCUGAGCAGUGGAAGACCAAUGAAGCCCAAGCCAUAGAAACAGCGAGAGCAUGGACUAGGCUAUAUGCCAUGAAUAAUAUUUAAGUCGAUCAGAUCAUCGAGUGUACAUCACUUCUCCUGUUCUGCCAAGACUCUUCCUUUUUUUGUUUGCAUUUAAUGGACACAGUCUUAGAAACAUUACAGAAUAAAAGCCCAGGCAUCCUCA